AUGGUCGGGGGAAGCCUGGCGGUUUCGCUGGCGUUCAACGUCGUUAACGCCAAGGCCAGGAGAGGCGUUAGCGGCGCGGCGAGCGGGCCGAGGGCCGUCAAGCGACCCCACCCUGUACCGUUCGGGAAAGUGGGAGAGGAGAACCGCGGGAAGAACCCCAUGGACCCCCCUUUGGAGCGAAUGGACGAUUACUUCUGGAUGAGGGAUGACAAGCGAGAGUCCAAGGAAGUGCUGGGGCACAUCAAGAAUGAAAACGCCUACACGGCGAAGAAAAUGGCACACCUAGAGGGCCUCAGGGAAGACCUGUACAAGGAAUUUUUGGGGCACAUGAAGGAAACUGAUGCGGAGGUCCCGUACCGUCACGGUCCCUUCUUUUACUACUCUCGCAGCGUCAAGGGGAAGCCGUACAGGAUCCACUGCCGGAGCAGAGAGCAGGGCGGGGAGGAACAGGUGCGAUCCCUGGUUGAGGUGGUGUUGGACGAGAACGUCGAGGCGGAAGGCGCCGAGUACUGCGACAUCGCGGCCGUUAUCCCUUCCCCUGGCGGGCACGACCUAGCCGCCUAUGCCGCGGACAUGACCGGCUACGAGACGUACGAUGUUCGGUUUCGCGACGUGGCGACGGGGAAGGACCUCGAUGACGUCAUCACCAAGACAUCCGGAGACGUUUGCUGGGGGGCGGACGCUACCACGGCUUUCUACACCACUCAGGCAUGUCGAGAGAUUGCCUGUGAGUCCUCUCUGCGGAUGGGUGCACGCCUCACGCGCGAAGAAUGGUGA